AUGAUGUUCAAAAGCGCCUUUCUUGCACUUGCCGCAACUGCUGGCUUGUCAGAUGCUCUAGGGAUCAACUGCCGAGGCAGCGGCCUUUGCAGUGGCAACAAAGGUGCUCUCGGCCAGCUCAUUGCCCAAGUCAGGGCCAUCGACCCCAACAAGACCUUCAGGAACGGCGAGCAUGUUAGCUGCGUUGACAUCAACAACAUCGGUAACCACCCAGCCAUUUGUGCGUUCUAUCAGAACAUCGGAGACCGCAGCUUUUCGCUUGCCCAGACUCAGACGUUCCUUCAGCAGAUCGUCGAUCAUGGCUGCAAGCUUUGCGGUAGCGUCCCGACUGACCCGGGCAACAACGUUGCUAACGGGCAGCUGACUGUCAACGUCGUCAUAAACCCUACCAGCCGCGAUACACGUCAGAGCCCGGCUGUCUACGAGAAACGCAGCGAAAAGACAAACCCUACCGAACGCGAUGCGCCUGAAAGUCCUGCGUCCUACGAGAAGCGCGGCGACAAUCUCCUUGUCAGACGCCUGGGUAUCAACUGCCGUGGAAGCUCCACUUGUGGAGUUGGAGGUAUCGGACAUACACCCAAUGGCGACCUGAAGGAUGUUCGUGAUGCUGUUGCUGCUGGCGAGGAGGGCAACUUUGGUAACGGUGAACAUGUUGCUUGUAUUCCCUUUGCAUUUGGAAACCUGUGUGCUUUCUACCAGGGCAUUGGCAGCCGAACUUUUACCAAGGAACAGUCUGUUACAUUCCUCGACCAGCUUAGACAGCAUGGAUGUUCUAAGUGCGGUAGCAUUCCUGUCGAUCCCGGCAACGACGUCAAGAACGGACAACUUACUGUUAACUAUGUCGCAUAA